GGGUGGAGGGAGGGGGGAGAGGGGAUUGGUUAUCAUGGCGGAUCGGACGGCUCCUGGAUGCCAGCUCCGUCUGGAGUGGGUUUACGGGUACAGGGGUCACCAGUGCCGCAACAACCUGUACUACACGGCAGGCAAAGAGGUGGUGUACUUCGUGGCUGGAGUCGGCGUGGUUUACAACACCAGAGAGCACAGCCAGAAAUUCUUCCUCGGGCACAACGAUGAUAUUAUCAGCCUUGCAGUUCACCCGGAUAAAACCUUAGUAGCUACAGGGCAGGUGGGGAAGGACCCCUACAUCUGCAUCUGGGACUCCUACCGUGUACAGACUGUGUCUGUCCUCAAGGAUGCACAUACACAUGGAGUUGCCUGCUUAGCUUUUGAUUCAGAUGGCCAGCGUUUAGCUUCAGUGGGACUGGAUGCCAAAAACACAGUGUGUAUUUGGGACUGGAAGAGAGGAAAACUACUGGCGACAGCUACAGGCCAUUCAGACAGGAUAUUUGAUAUCUCCUGGGAUCAAUAUCAACCAAAUAGAAUUGUCAGCUGUGGAGUAAAACACAUAAAGUUUUGGACGUUGUGUGGAAAUGCACUGACAGCAAAGAGAGGAAUAUUUGGUAAAACAGGAGAUCUCCAAACUAUCCUUUGUUUGGCAUGUGCAAAAGAAGAUAUCACAUACUCUGGUGCUUUAAAUGGAGACAUCUAUGUUUGGAAAGGGCUAAACUUAGUCCGCACAAUUCAAGGAGCACAUAGUGCUGGAAUUUUUAGUAUGUAUGCUUGUGAGGAAGGUUUUGCCACCGGAGGGAGAGAUGGUUGCAUUCGGUUAUGGGACACUGAUUUCAAACCAAUUACUAAAAUUGAUCUCAGGGAGACUGAACAAGGAUACAAAGGUCUGUCCAUCCGAAGUGUCUGUUGGAAAGCAGACAGGCUUUUAGCAGGGACACAGGACAGUGAGAUAUUUGAGGUGCUAGUAAGAGAGAGAGAUAAACCCAUGCUGAUCAUGCAGGGCCAUUGUGAAGGGGAGCUCUGGGCCCUGGCAGUCCAUCCAAAGAAGCCUUUAGCAGUCACAGGCAGCGAUGAUCGAUCUGUACGAUUAUGGAGUCUGGCUGACCAUGCCUUGAUAGCCCGUUGUAACAUGGAAGAAGCGGUGCGGAGCGUCUCUUUCAGUCCGGAUGGAUCCCAGUUAGCACUCGGAAUGAAGGAUGGCUCCUUCAUUGUUCUUCGAGUAAGAGACAUGACCGAGGUGGUUCACAUUAAAGAUCGCAAAGAAGUGAUCCAUGAAAUGAAGUUUUCACCAGAUGGCUCUUACCUUGCUGUGGGUUCCAAUGAUGGCCCAGUGGAUAUCUAUGCCGUGGCUCAGCGGUACAAAAAAAUUGGAGAAUGCAACAAAUCUAUGAGUUUUAUUACUCACAUUGACUGGUCUGUGGAUAGUAAAUUUUUGCAAACCAAUGAUGGGGCAGGAGAGAGACUGUUCUACAAGAUGCCAUCUGGGAAGCACAUAGCUAACAAAGAUGAGGUCAAAGGAAUUCACUGGGCCUCAUGGACCUGUGUGUUAGGAUCUGAAGUGAGUGGAAUUUGGCCAAAAUACACUAAUGUUACAGACGUCAACUCUGUGGAUGGAAAUUACAACAGCUCAGUGCUAGUGACUGGAGAUGAUUUUGGGCUGGUUAAAUUAUUCAGAUUUCCAUGCCUAAAGAAAGGAGCUAAAUUUAGGAAGUACAUUGGCCACUCAGCCCAUGUAACCAAUGUCCGUUGGUCCCAUGAUUUCCAGUGGGUUUUAAGUACAGGAGGUGCUGAUCACUCUGUGUUCCAGUGGCGGUUUAUUCCAGAAGGGAUAACAAAUGGCAUCCUUGAAACAUCUCCACAAGAGGGUGGUGUUGACUCCUACAGUGAAGAAUCAGAUUCAGAUUUAUCUGAUGUGCCAGAGUUAGAUUCUGACAUUGAGCAGGAAGCUCAAAUCAACUAUGAUCGCCAGGUUUACAAAGAAGACCUACCUCAGCUGAAACAGCAAAGUAAAGAGAAAAACCAUUCUGUGCCCUUCCUGAAAAGAGAGCGAGCACCUGAGGACAGCUUGAAGUUGCAGUUUAUACAUGGUUACAGAGGCUAUGACUGUCGAAAUAACUUGUUCUACACACAAACCGGAGAAGUGGUGUAUCACAUUGCUGCUGUGGCUGUUGUAUAUAACAGGCAACAACACACUCAGAGGCUGUAUCUUGGUCAUGAUGAUGACAUCCUCAGCCUAAGCAUUCACCCAGUAAAAGACUAUGUUGCUACUGGACAGGUUGGAAGAGAUGCUGCCAUUCACGUCUGGGACACACAGACCCUGAAAUGUUUAUCACUGCUCAAAGGCCAGCAUCAAAGAGGAGUGUGUGCACUGGAUUUUUCAGCUGAUGGAAAAUGCUUGGCAUCCAUUGGGCUCGAUGAUAAUCAUGCCAUCGUGUUUUGGGAUUGGAAAAAAGGAGAAAAUCCCCCAUGAUUAGCAACAACCAGGGGCCAUAAAGAUAAAAUAUUUGUAGUGAAGUGUAAUCCACAUCAUGUAGACAAACUAGUCACAGUUGGGAUGAAACACAUCAAGUUUUGGCAGCAAACAGGUGGAGGCUUUACAUCAAAACGAGGAACGUUUGGAACUACUGGAAAACUGGAAACUAUGAUGAGUGUCUCAUAUGGGCGAAUAGAAGAUCUGGUUUUCUCUGGUGCUGCCACUGGAGACAUUUAUAUCUGGAAGGAUACUCUGUUGCUGAAGACAGUGAAAGCCCAUGAUGGACCUGUAUUUGCCAUGCAUGCAUUGGAUAAGGGGUUUGUAACUGGUGGAAAAGAUGGAAUCGUGGCUCUGUGGGAUGAUAUGUUUGAACGAUGUCUGAAGACGUAUGCUAUUAAAAGAGCAGCACUAUCUGCUAGUUCUAAAGGUUUACUGCUAGAAGACAAUCCCUCAAUUCGAGCCAUCAGUCUAGGACAUGGGCAUAUACUAGUGGGAACUAAAAAUGGAGAGAUACUUGAAAUUGAUAAAAGUGGUCCUAUGACUCUUCUUGUCCAGGGGCAUAUGGAAGGAGAAGUCUGGGGCUUGGCAGCUCACCCUCUCUUGCCUGUCUGUGCAACAGUGAGUGAUGAUAAAACACUCCGAAUCUGGGAGCUCUCAUCCCAGCACCGCAUGCUGGCCGUGAGGAAACUCAAGAAAGGUGGACGAUGCUGUGCCUUUUCUCCCGAUGGGAAAGCCCUGGCUGUAGGCUUGAAUGAUGGGAGUUUUCUGGUGGUAAAUGCUGACACUGUUGAAGACAUGGUCUCUUUUCACCACAGAAAGGAAAUGAUCUCAGAUAUAAAGUUUUCACGAGAAUCAGGGAAGUACCUGGCUGUGGCUUCCCAUGAUAAUUUUGUAGAUAUUUACAAUGUGCUUACCAGCAAAAGAGUUGGCAUUUGUAAAGGUGCAUCCAGCUAUAUCACGCACAUUGACUGGGACUCGAGAGGAAAGUUAUUGCAAGUCAAUUCUGGUGCCAAAGAACAGCUAUUUUUUGAAGCACCAAGGGGGAAAAGGCAUAUUAUAAGAAUUGCUGAGGUAGAGAAAAUAGAGUGGGACACCUGGACAUGUGUACUUGGCUCUACGUGUGAAGGAAUUUGGCCCAUGCACAGUGACGUGACUGUUGUGAAUGCAGCCAGCCUUACAAAAGAUGGAACGCUCUUAGCUACAGGAGAUGAUUUUGGGUUUGUGAAGCUUUUUUCAUAUCCAGUGAAGGGCCAACAUGCAAAAUUCAAGAAGUACGUGGGUCACAGCGCACAGGUAACCAACGUGCGGUGGUUACACAAUGAUUCUGUGCUGCUGACUGUAGGUGGUGCUGAUACAGCUUUGAUGAUCUGGACCAGAGAAUUACUGGGCAUUCAGGAGAGUAAGCUGGUUGAUAGUGAAGAAUCAGACACAGAUGCAGAAGAAGAUGGAGGUUAUGAUAGUGAUGUUGCAAGAGAAAAAGCAAUUGACUAUACCACUAAGAUCUAUGCAGUAAGCAUCCGAGAAAUGGAAGGGACAAAACCACAUCAGCAGCUGAAGGAAGUCUCAGUAGAAGAGAGGCCACCAGUUAGCAGAGCUGCUCCUCAACCUGAGAAACUGCAAAAGAACAAUAUCAACAAAAAAAAGAAACUGGUUGAGGAGCUGGCUUUAGACCAUGUUUUUGGAUACAGAGGAUUCGACUGUCGCAACAACCUCCAUUACCUGAAUGAUGGUGCUGAUAUUAUUUUCCACACAGCUGCAGCAGGCAUAGUCCAAAAUCUUUCUACUGGGAGUCAGAGUUUCUACCUGGAGCAUACUGAUGACAUUCUCUGCCUAACUGUGAAUCAGCACCCAAAGUAUAAAAACAUUGUGGCUACCAGCCAGAUCGGUGAUAUGACAGAAUUCCCAGGUACAACUCCCACAAUUCAUAUAUGGGAUGCUAUGAGUAAGCAAACGAUUUCAAUGCUGCGUUGCUUCCAUACCAAAGGGGUCAACUAUGUUAACUUCAGUGCAACUGGCAAACUUCUGGUUUCUGUGGGAGUUGAUCCAGAGCACACCAUCACAGUGUGGAGGUGGCAAGAAGGGGCUAAAGUUGCCAGCAGGGGAGGACACCUGGAGAGGAUAUUCGUGGUAGAGUUCCGCCCAGACUCAGACACUCAGUUUGUGUCUGUUGGGGUAAAACACAUGAAGUUCUGGACAUUAGCUGGCAGUGCUUUGCUUUAUAAGAAAGGAGUCAUUGGUUCCAUGGAAGAUGCCAAAAUGCAAACCAUGCUUUCUGUGGCCUUCGGAGCAAAUAACCUUACAUUUACUGGUGCCAUAAAUGGAGAUGUCUACGUGUGGAAGGACCAUUUUCUGGUCAGGCUUGUGGCAAAAGCUCACACAGGGCCAGUGUUCACAAUGUACACAACCCUUCGAGACGGACUCAUUGUUACAGGAGGGAAGGAGAGACCCACUAAAGAAGGGGGAGCUGUAAAGCUGUGGGACCAGGAGAUGAAGCGGUGCCGAGCGUUCCAGCUUGAGACAGGCCAGCUCAUCGAGUGCGUGCGCUCCGUCUGCAGGGGCAAAGGGAAGAUUUUAGUGGGAACAAAAGAUGGAGAAAUCCUUGAAGUAGGGGAAAAAAAUGCUGCUUCAAACUUGUUGAUUGACUGUCACAUGGAAGGGGAAAUCUGGGGCUUAGCAACUCACCCCUCAAAAGACAUCUUUAUCUCUGCCAGUAAUGAUGGAACAGCAAGAAUCUGGGACCUGUCUGACAAAAAACUGCUGAACAAAGUGAACCUGGGCCACCCCGCGCGCUGCGCCGCAUACAGCCCCGACGGUGACAUGGUUGCCAUUGGCAUGAAGAACGGGGAGUUCGUGGUUUUACUUGUGAACAGCCUCAAGGUCUGGGGCAAGAAGCGAGACAGGAAAUCUGCCAUCCAGGAUAUCAGGAUCAGCCCCGAUAACAAGUUUUUGGCAGUGGGUUCACAAGAACAUACUGUGGAUUUCUAUGAUCUCACUCAAGGUACGACCCUGAACCGAAUAGGCUACUGCAAAGACAUCGCAAGCUUCGUCAUACAGAUGGACUUCUCUGCAGACAGCAGGUACAUCCAGGUAUCAACGGGUGCCUAUAAGCGCCAAGUGCACGAGGUGCCGCUAGGGAAGCAGAUAACAGAUCCUGCUUUAAUAGAGAAGAUCACAUGGGCUACAUGGACAAGCAUUCUUGGAGACGAAGUCAUUGGAAUUUGGCCACGAAACGCAGAUAAAGCAGAUGUCAACUGUGCAUGUGUGACCCAUGCUGGCCUAAACAUAGUCACAGGGGACGACUUCGGGCUGGUGAAACUGUUUGAUUUCCCAUGCACAGAAAAGUUUGCCAAGCACAAGCGGUAUUUCGGGCACUCCGCUCACGUCACCAACAUCCGCUUUUCCCACGACGACAAGUACGUGAUCAGUACGGGAGGAGACGACUGCAGUGUCUUUGUGUGGCGCUGCCUUUGACCGGAGCCUCUCCUUGCUGCUGUUACUGCCACCACCCAGUGACUGGGCCAGCCUGGACAGCCACGAUGCCUCGAGCCCUGCGGCUGCUGUGACCCCCACCCGACGCUGCCCUGUGACACCUCCAGGUUACUCACAGCAUUUACUGAAUGUGAUCUCGCCCCAUAACCCCGAGGAGGAAGGAGACGUCUGAAAGGGAAUCCUUUUGUAAGCCGGGUAGGCCAGAGUGAUGAACGGUUCACUCACAAAGCUGCUUUUGCCUAAUACUGUGUUAUCUAAACCCUGUCUGGGAAGGGAGCACACGGAGAAAACGCUGGGCCCUUUAAUUUGCAUCAUUCCAAAAUCUAUGGCUUGGUUUGUUCAAGAAAAGGGGUGGGUUUUUCACCUCCUGCUUCAAACUCACCUUUGGGGCACUGAGUAAAGCCGCAGGCUUUGAACGGGUGAGCUGGGGUCACACUUCAGCUGUCAGCGAGCGAAGGAGCAAAGUUAUCAUUUUUUAAGUCCAUCUUCUUUUUAAAUAUAUAUAUUUGGCAAAUUUUUCUAUCCAUGAAGUGCCUUGGAAUAGUUUUCUAUUAGUAUGGGCUACAGCCUUGCCUCCCACCCCUUGCUUUCAACAUACGGUGCUAUAACUUUCACACAGAGGAGGGCUAACCAUCACCACCUUUCCCAGCUGUGUACUUACUUCCACUGUCCCCGGUCUCUGCUUUGGGUUUCAACACCUUCACAAGUGAAUUCCAAACUGUUUGUGACACAGAGGCAGCUCUGUGCUGUUCCGAGGACAAUUCCCCGAUGGCAUUACACCCCUCGGUAAGCUGUUCACAACGUGUGCGAUGGUAGCACGACUACAGCCGGAAUGCGAAGCUUAAAUGGUGAGUAGAGGGGGAGAGGCUUGGUUAAAGAUGCCAACAGUGAGGAAGCUGC